CCUUCUUGAUAACCACAUUCAGCUGAACGUUUGUAUCUGUGCUCUGCGAUUUGUUUGCUAUGUGUCCAUCCUAUGUUUGUAACUACAGCGGACCCGACAGUGGACUAAUCAUUCCACUACGAUGCAUUGACCUCUGACAGUCCAUUUUCAUUGAACUGUCUGCACCAAUGCCUUGGCGUGUUGCAGGAGCGCCUUGCAUCGGAGCCGCUGUCGUACCAGGGACGGUGGCUGUAGUAAUUGUUCUGUACGCACAAGCUUUGUAGUUGAAGUGGUCUGCCGCUGCUUCCCGUGGUCUGUCACGCUGGUGCAUAAACGCUCUAAGAGAAGGGAAGCCACGGUAGAGGAUGCCAUCGCCGGAGCAGCGGGCAGCAGAGAUGGAAGAGGAGGGGCCAGGGGAGGGGGAAAGGUCGUUGCCGGCCAGAGAGGGACCGAGUGGGCACAGCCAGGCAGAUACUACCACUAACAACCUCCUGGCCUCAGUCAAAGAACAGGAACUCCAGUUUGAGCGUCUGACCAGGGAGCUGGAAGAGGAGCGUCAGAUCGUGGCCAGUCAGCUGGAGAGAUGCCUGCUGGGAGCUGAGUCUCCUGGUGAUGAUGCUGUAAGCAGCAGUGACUCAUCAGAGAAGUCCUUUGCUUGGAGAUCUGCAGUAGAUGCGUGCGGCACAGCAGAACACCGGGCUGCUGUGAUGGACAGCUCUCUCUCCCCCUCUCGUCUCUUCAGAGCAGACCAGGGUCAAGGGUCACUGUACCUCCCUGAACCAGAGAGGGUGUCCCUGCAUGACAGUGAGGUGUCUGUGGCCCAUUUGACGUCACACGCUGACAGUGGUUACCAGGACAGCAGUAUGAGCUACUACAGCGUGAGCAGAGAGAACGUGGUUCUGUCAGAACCCAGACACGUGCUGUCAGGGAACGGGCCCAGGGGAAGCCCCAGCCACAGCAGGAGUGCCUGGGCCGAGGGACAGGCUUCCACACAGGCCUCGGUGUCAGGGCGCGUGAUGCGGAGGAUGGGGUCUCUCUCCUCCCGGGGCCAGUCCCCGGUGUGUGGCGCCGGGGGCUCUGUGUCCCCCUCCCGCCUCUCCCUCCGCACCUCCCAGGGCGGCAGCGCCUACGGUUCGCCCGUCCUCACCGAGCCGAAGCCCCUCGCCAGCAUCUUCCCCAGGACCUCCAUGCCCCCCUCCUCUUCCUCCUCCUCCUCCCCCCCGCCCCACCCUCCGGGUUCAGGCACCGCCCCGUCUUUCCAGCGCGCCACCUCCCCCUACUCCCCCACCCACCAGAGGAACGGGAACGGCGGCGGCUCACCGGUCCGGAGCAGCCCCCGGCCCAGCAGCGCCGGUCAUGCUACCUCGCCCCCCGGGCCGGCGGCGGGGCCGGGCGGGGCCUCCGGGCGCCUGGGCUCCACCGUGUCCCUGGUGGAGGGGAGGGGCGUGUCCGGUUCCCCUCUGAGGUCCUGCAUGACGGCCGUGCCGCAGCACUACGGGUCCACACUGCCCCGCCAGGGGGCCCAGGCCCUCCCCUACGGACACGACUCCUACGGGCUCUACGAGAGGACCGCCCUACCCCUGUCGCGGCCCGACAGCCUCACAGGCCUGCAUAGCUCCUAUGCCACCCAGCACAGCCCACUGGACCAGGACAUGAGGAUGGCCUUGUCCCCCGACUGCCACAUCACGCCCGUCUACGACGACCGGGCCUUCCACAGCCCCCCGUAUCCCAGCCCGCCCCGCGCGCGCGCCCACCACGGAUCCCAGCAGGCCAUCUACAGGAGACACGCAGGUGCGGAGACCCUCCAGAGGACCACAAGCCAUUGCAGCACCCUGGCGUACCAAAGAAGCAGCUACGGGCUGAACACGGCGGCGCUGUACGCGGACUCGUACAGGGUUUCCCAGCCGGGACAGUUGCCCGAUGAGACGUCCUUCUCCAGACACUCCGGCCUAGGCGACAGGGGUAUUACCAGGUCCCCCUCCAUAGAUAGUAUGCAUAAGGACCCCAGGGAGUUUGGCUGGCGUGAUCCUGAACUUCCUGAGGUGAUCCACAUGCUGCAGCAUCACUUCCCCUCAGUCCAGGCCAAUGCCGCGGCCUACCUCCAGCACCUGUGCUAUGGAGACAACCACAUCAAAGUGGAGGUGUGUCACCUUGGGGGGAUCCAGCACCUGGUGGAUCUGUUGGAGCACAAGACAAUGGAGGUGCAGAAGAGUGCCUGUGGAGCUCUGAGGAACCUGGUCUACGGAAAAGCGACAGAUGACAACAAGGUGGCCCUGAGGAAUUCUGGGGGCAUUCCUGCUCUACUCAGACUGCUGAGGAAGACCACGGAUAAUGAAGUCAGGGAACUGGUCACUGGCGUGCUCUGGAACCUGUCGUCGUGCGACGCGGUCAAGAUGACCAUCGUCAGGGACGCCCUGAGCACCCUGACCAACACUGUGAUCACCCCCCACUCAGGCUGGAGCAGCUCCAGCUACAGGGAGGAGACCCAGCUCAAGUUCCACUCCUCUCUGCUGCUGCGCAACACCACCGGCUGCCUCAGGAACCUCAGUUCGGCGGGCGAGGAGGCCCGGGGCCAGUUGAGGUGCUGUGAGGGCCUGGUGGAUUCCUUGCUCCACGUCCUGAAGGCCUGCGUUCACACCUCUGACUUUGACAGCAAGAUUGUGGAGAACUGUGUUUGUACUCUGAGGAACCUGUCCUACCGUCUGGAGAUAGAGAUGCCCUCGUCCCGUCUGCUGGGGACCCAGGAACUGGAUGUCCUGCUGGGCUAUGGAUCCCCCAGCAAGGACCUGGACUACCUCUGCUGGAGCAAGAAGAGGAAGAAGAAGAGGGGUUGGCUGGAUGAUAAGUGGGACGGUGUGGGGCCCAUCCCAGGGUUUGGAAAGCCUCCGCGAGGACCGGAGAUGUUGUGGCACCCGACCGUAGUGAAGCCCUACCUCAGCCUGCUGGCAGAGAGCUCCAACCCUGCCACCCUGGAGGGCUCCGCUGGGUCCCUGCAGAACCUGUCUGCUGGCAACUGGAAGUUUGCGGCCUACAUUCGUGCGGCGGUGCGUAAAGAGAAGGGUCUGCCCAUCCUGGUGGAGCUGCUGAGGAUGGACAACGACAGGGUGGUCUGCUCUGUGGCCACUGCUCUGAGGAACAUGGCCCUGGACAGCAGGAACAAGGAGCUCAUAGGGAAGUACGCGAUGCGAGACCUGGUGAACCGUCUCCCCGGGGGCAGCCCCUCCCUGCUGUCCGACGAGACGGUGGCGUCGGUCUGCUGCACCCUCCACGAGGUGACCAGCAGGAACAUGGAGAACGCCAAGGCCCUGGCGGACACGGGCGGCAUCGAGAAGCUGGUGGACAUCAGCCAGGGUCGAGGGAAGGGCUACUCCAUGAAGGUGGUGAAGACUGCGGCUCAGGUGCUCAACGCACUGUGGCAGUAUAAGGACCUGCGCACCUUUUACAAGCAGGACGGCUGGCACCAUGGGCACUUCAUCACCCCUGUGUCCACUCUGGAGAGAGACAGGUACCGGUCUCAACCAACCCUGCCCUCCAGUACCUUACAGCUGUCCCCGGUUCUCCACCAGUCAGGUGGCAGUGCAACUUCCUCUCCUGCCAUGUUGGGGUUCAGAAGACACAGCUCUAACUACCAGAAGGCUCAGUCAUCUAUGCAACUCGAUACCUAUUAUGGAGACAACAGUUUACAUAAAAAUCAGUAUACAGGGUCAGAAAAGCAAACACCAUAUUUCAUUGGGUCCUAUUCCUCCCCAACAAGAGAGGACUAUCCAAGAUCCCAGCAUGGAGAUGUGUUCUACGCCGACGAGCCAGAAACGAAGACUUACAACACCUACAGAAUGUACCUGUCAUCGCCGCAAGGCUACAGAGGUGAGGAACCCAGGCCUUACCUGGACGCUGCGGGCGACGCGACCUCGACAGAGAGAUACAACACGGCUCAAUCCAACAGACUCAAAUCCAACCCCACUAACUACGUGGAUUUCUACUCCACCACCAGGAGGCCUUCUCAGAGGGCCAACCAGUACACCGGGUCCCCUGACUCUUGGGUUUAGGCGUGCAGAAACUGUGGGCAGAAUCAUCACUUAUGUCCAAUGGGUGUUCUGUAUGCGCGUGUGUUCGAGGAGAGGGUGUGUGCGUGUGUAAGGGGGAGAGAGAGAGAGAGAGAGAGAGAGAGAGGUCUGGGAGAACUCGAACGUUUGUGUGUCUGUGUGUGUUUGUCGGGGUUGGGGUGUGUACUGUGCUGUGCGAAAUACCUUGUUGUUUUCUGGAGUGGUGUAAUGUCAGCCAAAGAAGGUGUUCUAUUAUAGCAGAUUUUGUUCAAGUCUUCUCUCCGCAGCUGGGAGGUUCUGUUGAGUUAAAGGAGAGGUUGACUGGAUACGCAGCCAGGAUCCUCAGAUAUUGUUUGAAGAUGUGAACAAUGGAGAAGUUGGAAGAAAUGAAAAUAAACAAAAAAGGGAUAGUUUACUCAAUAUACAAAUUAAGAUAAUAUUUAUUCCAUCAAAUAAAUGGGCCUGAUAAAUGUAUAUUUUGGGAAUAGACUACGUAAAUAUAAAUUGUAUGUGAGUCUGCUUCUGGGUUAACCAGGGUUACUGGUUAAUAAACUAUAACCAGAUGGGAAAUCCUAUCGAUUUGUAUUUUGAGUAAAAAAUAAUUUGUAUGUUGGCCAAAUAUAUAUCAUAAAGUCAUAACUGUGAAAUGUCAAAUAGUAUUUGUACAGAAAAAUUUCAAAUGUGACACUGUCUUGUUACAGAACAUUGCUGUACUCAACGUGUAGACCCGUGUGUAUGAUAUGGUGUGUGUCUAGUGUUUUCUUUUUUUAAUAUUAUUUAUUUAUUGUUUCUUUGUGAUUCUCCUAAAACGCUCUGUUGUAUGUUGUCCAACACUGGUGGAGAUGUGCCACGUGUCAGACCGAAAUAUAUGAAGAUUAAAAGGACGUCAACACUAAGAAAGAUA